GUUGUUGGAAGCUCGACAAAUAAGAUUCAGAAAAAGAUCAACAAUGAUUUUGUCAAAUUAAGUGAACAAAUGCAAAAUAAUAUAAAUUUUAUUGUUGCUCAAGAGAAAAAAAACGGGCGCUUAUUACCUAAAGAUUUUCAAAUCUUUGGAGCAUUAACACAAGGGUUUGAUAUUGUAAUUAAAAUGAUGAUAUCUAUUGAUCGAUAUGUUAUAAUGCAAGAAAUUUUCACGAUUGCAGUACCAUCCAAUAUUACAGAGUAUUAUAAGCUUAAAAUUUUAAUUGGUGAAGUGAUAGCUUUGUCA